UGAAAAUUAUGUACAGCUUUAAACACUUUUCCUUUGACCACUGAACCAGCGCCGAUACAGACGAAAAGGAGCGACAGCGAUGACGAUGAUGAGGGUUGCUGUGGUGUUGUCAGUGCUGCUGCUGGGCUGCAUGGCCUUCUCGGCCUCUGCGCAGCGCACGCUCGUCCUGUUGGACUCUGCAAGCACGCGGGAAACACACUCCCACUUCUUCUCUCGGCUCUCAGAUGCUGGGUUGUCCUUGAAGUAUGUGCAAGCCGAUUCCGCCAGCCUGAACCUGCACCGUUAUGGGGAGCGUCUCUUUGACAACGUGAUUGUCUUUUCACCCUCUGUGGAACAGUUUGGUGGUUCUGUCUCUGCCGAGGAGAUGGUGGACUUUGUUGACAAUGGCGGCAACGUGCUCGUCGCGGGCUCCGAGGACAUUGGCGCCCCACUCCGCGACUUUGCCAGCGAGGUUGGCUUUGAGUUUGACGAGGCCGGCAAUGCCGUCAUUGACCACGUGAGCCAUGCAGAUGACGACCACACGCUCGUGGCGAGCACCAACGUCGUCGACGUCGAGGUCAUGACUGGCGGCGCCCUCAAGAAGCCCGUCCUCUUCCGCGGCGUCGGCAUGAUUGCCGACGAUGCCAACCCGCUGGCCGUGUCUGUGCUGCGCGCGUCGUCGACGGCGUACACGGGUGCCGCUGCUGCCGGCCGCUCUGCAGAUGAACCGUUGGCGCUCGGCGGCGACGUGGUGCUCGCAGGCGCCAUGCAGGCCCGCAACAACGCCCGCGUUGUCCUCACGGGCUCCAUCGACAUGUUCAGCAACGAGCUCAUCUUCCAUGACAACGCCGCAAACGAGCAGUUUGUUGAGGCGCUUGCGCUGUGGUGCUUCCAGGAGCGCGGGCAGCUGCGCACGCGCCCGGCCCUGCACCGCCUCGUCGGCAACAACGAGUCCUCCCACGAGUACACCAUCACAGACGAAGUGGAGUACUUUCUGCCGAUUGAGGAGAAGGUGAACGGCGAGUGGGUUCCGUACACGGGCAACGACGUCCAGCUGGAGUUUGUGCGCAUCGACCCGUUUGUCCGCACCCCACUCAAGAACGUUGAUGGCGUGCAGCAGGUGACGUUCACGCUUCCCGACGUGUACGGCGUCUUCCAGUUCCGCGUCGACUACAACCGCCUCGGAUACACCCACAUCUACAACACCCAGCAGGUGUCUGUUCGCCCGCUGCGCCACACCCAAUACGAGCGGUUCAUCUCGACAGCGUAUCCGUACUACGCCAACGCCUUCAGCAUGAUGGCCGCUCUCUUCCUCUUCAGCUUUGUCUUCCUCCACCACCGGCCCUGAACCCACACCAGCAAACACCCCGCAAGCCAUCCAUCUCAUCCACAUGCACGCGUGCACGUUGACCUCUUGUGUACGUGUGUCAUGACUUCCGUGUUGUGUAUGAACGUGUGUUAUUGUCCAACUUGGUGUUUGCAGUGUGUUGUUUCGCGAGCGAGAAACGUCGUUGUUGUUGUUGUUGUUGUUGUAGUCCUUUCCGUUUUGGAUGAGUGUGGCUUUGUUUUGGUUGCCGUUAUUGUUGUUGCUGAUGGACCAGCAUACAUGCAAAGAAGACACGACAACAACAA